AUGUGCAAGGAUACUCUGCACAAACCAGUUGAUAACAAGAUGAAAUCAUCCAAUAACCCUGUUCAUGUUGGUUUGGAAACAAAUAAGGUUCACCAGCAAUUGGCGGCGAUCCUUGAAGCAGGAGUAUGGGAGGUGGACAGUUGUUGGAUUUGCCCCAAAACUGGCACACAUGGCUUACACCCUAAGGACCUAGGGAGGGAACGACUUCCAUUUGUCAGCAAGAAAUCAAACGACUUCCUUUUCUCAAGACCCCCAACGUGAUGUUGGAUUUAAAGUGAACGCACAUGAACUUUUUUGACGGACUGUUAUCGUUGCAGGGGAUAUCCCACCAGCUACAUCUAAAGAUGUUGAUAUUGUUGUGAAAGCAAACUCAUAGAGCUCUUAAACGCAAUGGAGGAAAAGACUGGGCAACAGCUUUCUGGAGCACAUUGUGCCAAGUAUCUGCAUGUCAUUGCUACAAAGAUAACUGAGAAGAAAUCUGAAUUAGCAAAACUUGAAGCCAUUGAUAAUGGAAAACCUUAUGAUGAAGCAGCAUGGGAUAUAGUAUCUUCAUUGUAUAUAAUCAUAUUGACCUUUCCAUGAAUUCCCACUAUCAGUCCCACUAGAAGUUUUGAUUAGGGACCCGACAUGUUACCCAAAUCUCUAAUGCAAGUGGUGAAAAACAAAGCACAAAUGUACAAAACACCAUUGUAUAUUGAUAGAGGAUUUAUUGUUUUAAUGAAUUUUGCGUGUAAAACUAACUUUCCAGAUUUUUUAAUGAAAUGUCG